UCCAGAUUAAGCUGCCUUUCUUUCCUAAAGCUCAGCCUUUUUAAUAGUGAAGAUUUAUUGUGCUGUGCUUUUUGGAGGAUGAACAUAUAUAUGUGGUCAGUGGAGCCUAUGCAGCCUGUGACCCAGCCUCCCUCUCACGUUACACCCUAUUUAUAACAUCCCCUUCCUUGACUCCCCUCGUUCUGCAGCUCCUAGGAACCUCCUGUGCUUCCAGCCUAGAGCUCCAGUCCUCUGUUCCUCCUGACAUCUGAGAAGCUCUGCUGCAGCUUGUCCUGGGCUCUCUGUUUAUCCUGCACAGCCUGCCAACCAGCCGCAUGCUCUGGAUUACCACAGGACGCCCAUUUCUCAACCCCUUUUGCUUUCUGACUAUUCCAUUUCUCAUUUUUUUUCUCUUUUUGUUUCAGCUUAAAGGAAAAGUUAGGGGGAAAUAACCUGGAUAUGUGCUUGUGAUUGUUCCUUUUUUUUUUUUUGGUUGGUUUUCUUGACUUCACUCAUCCCAGCCUCACUGGAGGGCCGUGUGUGUGUGUGUUUGGGCUCCAUGGAUCACACGCUGUUCGGCUGCCUGCGCAGCCCCCACGCUCCGGCGCAGGCCCUGCAUCCCGCCUUCACCCAGUCCCCCCUGACUCUCCACGGACGCUCGGAUCACAUCUCCUACCCCGACCUGGCCUCUUCCUCGUCCUCCUCUUCCACGUCCUCGCCAUCCCCAUGCGUCAUCUCCAGCUACCCGGGCGAUGACGGCCUGUUUCCCGGCCAGCACCACCACCACCGGAGCCACCUGCCCUCCCAGCAGCAUCACCACCAGCCUCAGCACCACGGAUCCUGGCACAUCCCACAGAUGCCGUCACCUGGCGGUGGCUCACGCCACGGCCUUUGCCACCCGCAUUCCCUGUCAUCCCAUGAGAACGGGCCCACGCCGCCGGACCUGGGCCACCCCGGGCCGCCCAGCAUGUGCGCCAGCACCCCAACUCUGGGCAGCGGCAGCACCCCAACGGGGGCUUCCUGUGUGCCUGCAGACUUCGGCAGGCAGACUCUGUCACCCGCUGAAGCGGAGAAGAGGAACGGCAAGAGGAAAAGCGACAGCUCAGAGUCCCAGGACGGGAACUACAAGCCAGACGUGAGCAGCAAGCCCAGGAAGGAGAGGACAGCGUUCACCAAGGAGCAAAUCCGCGAGCUGGAGGCCGAGUUCGCCCACCACAACUACCUGACCCGGCUAAGGCGCUACGAGAUCGCCGUGAACCUCGACCUCACCGAAAGACAAGUGAAGGUGUGGUUCCAGAACCGGAGGAUGAAGUGGAAAAGAGUGAAAGGCGGCCAGCAGGGGGCAGCAGCUCGCGAGAAGGAACUGGUGAAUGUGAAAAAAGGAACGCUUCUGCCGUCGGAGUUCUCCGGCAUCGCGGCGCUGCAUCAUUCGACGGACUCCUUAGCCAACGAGGACAGUCAUGACAGCGACCAGAGCUCCGAGCAUGCGCACUUAUGAUGGACACCAACCCUUAUCCGCCUCGGGAGCUUCCUUAGAGGGAACUGCUGUUGGAUGAUCCGCCACGUCACACAACGACGCUAAACGAGUGUACAAACGCGGAGGAGUGGAAACAAAAUUAGCUGCAGGCAUCAUGUAAAUUUGAAGAACUGAGGACAUUCGAUGAAAGUUUUAUUAAUAAAUGACAAAAAAAGAACAAAAUACAGUGCUUUGAAUAAGUGUUUGAACCUUUGCAGAUUUCUUGUUUUUAGUUUUUUGUCACACAUAAAUCAGAUUUUUUUUUUUCAAUAAACAACCUGCAAAGAGAGUAAAUAAUAAAAUAUAUACAUAUAUAUUUUACAUUUAUGAUUGAUUUUAUUUAGGGAAAAAUGCUUUACAAGCCAGCAUCGAGCAUUUGCGCUAACAUCCAUCAUUGCGGAGGAAUUUUUUCUCACUCUUUAUUAGAGAAACAUUUAUUGUCUUCAAGUCUAACCAGCCAUGACAGCAUCCAGACAAGUCCAGAAUUUGACUAGGCCACUCCUCAAUCUUUGCCUUGUUUUUUAUGCAUUCAGAUGUGGAUUUGAUUAUAUAUUUCAGAUCACCGAAGCCCCAGAUAAUCACAUAUCCACCAGGUUUGAAAGGGCGUUCUAACUCUUUACCAAUAGAUAAAUGUCAGUGAUUUUCCCUUUUAUUCUUGAAUUUCUUUAGACUUUUGGCCAACUUCAUGUUCAAUUUAAGAAAUUUCCUAAAUUUUGAUCAAUCAUUUCAUUGUUGACGUAUUACUGAGGAUGACUUGGACUUAUUUUUUUCAGGUUAAUACAUAAAUUCAUACAUUUUCUAUUACCUUUGAUAUAAACACUAGCUGUAUGAUUUUAAAACUUUAGGUGUGACAAAAAAGAAGAAAUCUCUACAGAGACAAAUACUGUUUCACUUCACUGCAUCUUGAUGAUGGAAAUUCAUUAAAAAAGUAAAUAAUAAACUGUUAACAUUCCACGUUUUGUCUCUUUGCAGGAGCAGCCUGAAGCUUUGAUUUGCACUGUUGAACCUUAAGUCUGCGCCUCGAUCGGUUUCUACUGUUUAAAAUGUAAAUUACGCUGUAAUUAAGUGUUUGACUACACCAGGUGCCAGGAAAUCUGAUCUGCCUUGCAAAUAUGAGCGAUCUGUAAAUAACUGUUAGUCUUGUCUUACCGUUACAAUAAGCCUUUACCCAGACUGUUCAGCUCAUGCAGUAAUACACACUGACAGCUCGUUAGCUGGCGUUUUUCUGCCUGGAGAUGACUCUUGUUUUUGUUUUGUUUUGUUUGUUUGCAAAUGAUUUGAAACCUGAAGCAGGGGACAGUUGCAAAUUGAAUAAAACUUUUAAGAGUGGUUAAUGAA